AUGACGGCUCCUCUUUCUCACCAGACCGUCACGGUCAAAGACCCUGCUGCUGUUCGCAAGCGCAGACGUCGUGCUCCAGCUGGUGGCGCUGCAGACGAUUGCUUUGCUUGCUCUAAACGCAACGUCAAGUGCGACCGCCGGCGGCCAUACUGCUCGCAAUGCCUCGAAGUCGGCAACGAAUGCUCCGGCUACAAGACCCAGCUAACCUGGGGUGUUGGCGUCGCCAGCCGUGGCAAGCUUCGUGGUCUGUCUCUACCCAUCGCCAAGGCUCCUCCCGUGGCUCGUGAGCCCAAAAAGGCCCCCGUCGCCCGCGCCCGAUCCAAUUCGGCCAUGACGACACUCUCUACUCACUGGGACGAGCACGACGAGGUUCACCAUGUCAGCCACCGUGGUGCUAUUGACAUUCCCGCCGCACACUCGUCAUAUUCCAACUCCGGAUACGAUUACCUCUCAAUGUCGCACCCGGAACACACCCAUAUGCACACCCAGUCUAUUCCUCACGGCAGCUGGAGCAGCGUUCACUACAACUCCCCUCCUAUUAUGCAAUCGCCCGAUGAGCGAACGACUCCCAAGUUCUCCAAGUGGCCUAUGCCCAUCAUCACCGACGGUCUCUCAUCCUCGGUCGACUCUCUCAGCGAGGUCGACUACCUUUCACCCAUGAGCCAAGGAUACUCUCGCGAUGAUAUGCCGCCCUUUGGACACAGCCCCACCGUUGGCUACGAUGGAUUCCCUAUUCAUCACCAGACAUCUCCCAUCUCCCGCAGCCCACCUCCCACCUUGCUCAUUGACUCGAGCCGCGUGUCCGACUCGUGUGGCCUCGUCUACGGUGGUCCCUCGGACAGCAGCGCCAGCCUCUCGUCGCAGCUCGACCACUUUGAGUCUAUGCGCCAUUCCAAGUCAGCAACGGACUGCGACGGUCUCAGUGUCCCAGAUGUCAACAACGGCAACUGUAACGCCAUGUCUCCGGGCUGGCACACCAGGGUCAAGGAGGAGGAUUUGCAUUCACCGCUGUCCGACUUCAGCCCUAAUCACUGGCCUUCCAUCAGGGAUCAACCCCAGCCUCGCAUCGGCCAGGACGUGACUGCCAAGAUGUCAUUUUUCAUGGACUACUACAAGAUGACUAUGGCCCCCUCCAUGGUGGUCAUUGACACACCUCACAAUCCUUUCAAGAACCAUCUCUUGCAGCUCGCGAGCGGCAGCCAAAGCCUUCAACAUGCCAUCUGUGCCCUAGCGUCCUGCAACCUCCGCAUGAAGCGCAGGCUCAGUCUCGGCCAGGAUACUCGCGAGCUCUAUGAGAAGCUUAUCGCCGAGAAGCGCGCUACCGAAAAUGCCGGAGACGCCCCACCUCAGGAUCCCUCGCAUGCCGAAGAGAUUCAACACCGGAACCUGGCUGUGCAGCUACUCAACCAGCAAUUGAGCGAUCCGGUCAAGUCACGUCACGACUCUGUCCUUGCCACCAUUUUGAUUCUCUGCCACUACCGCAUGGCAGAGUCGGGAAUUGCAAAGUUUCACACGCAAUUUGCGGGCGUCAAGAAGAUUUUGGCCAUGCGGAGUCCACAACAAUUCGGUGGGUCCACUGGCGAUGUCGCAUGGAUGGAGACAUUGUUUAGUUACUUUGACGCUAUUUCGGCCACGAUUAAUGAUCGCGAGGCGCAACUGACGUCUAUUGAUGACGGCUUUGCCGCUGGCGUCAUGCCUGCUGGCGCCGUCAACAUGGUCGGCUGUGACCGCGAGCUAUUCGAGACGAUAGGCAAGCUCGGUAGACUAAACAUGCUCUCCCAGCACAGGCCAGUUCAAAACAUGGCGGGCUCCAUGCAGGCUGCGGGAGAUUCCCCGCUGGCAACCCAUGCCAUGGGUCAUGGCUACAGAAAUAGCAUCAGCAGCGUGCAAAGCCAGACCCAAGGCGCCGAAUUUUACGCCACUCCUUCAAGUCAACGCUUUGAUGGCAACGGCUUCGGCACAUUGCUCGAUGAUGACGAGCUCCUCACAUCGGCCAUGUCAACCUCGACUGCGUUUGAUGAUCGUCGCGCACUUUUCUGGGCAGAGUGGAAGGACGCACGCCAAGCCCUGCAACACUGGCACUUUGACGUCGGCGCCGUGGCCUCGGAGCUCCCUGGCGGCCCGAACCCCAGCCAUCUGCGGGACCUGGAAUCGCUGUCGGAAGCAUUCCGCUACGCAGCCAUGCUCUACACGGAGCGACUGGCAAGCCCGAGUCUACCAUCGAGCCACACCAACUUUCAGAACCUGGUUAGCCAAGUAGUCUACUACGCCACGAGCCUCGAGGCCGGCAGUUCUGCGGAAAAGUUUCUGCUUUGGCCGCUCUUUAUCGCGGGCUCCGAGUGCGUGAACGAGCUGCAGCAAACGAUUGUGCGCUCCAAGUGCAAGGAUAUCAUGAAUCGCUCUGGCUACAUGAACAACCUCGCUGCACUUGAUGUGCUAGAGCGUCUUUGGUCUGGCGAUUUCCGCAACGGCAGCGAGAUGGGCCUUUAUGAUGGACAGGCCAAGAUGGGUGGAGCUCGAGGCCCAUUCAACUGGUCCAAAUGCUUUGGAGGUCCAGGUGUCGGCGUUGAGUGGAUUAUGUUUUGA